AAGCAGAUGAAGAUGAAGAAGCAGAUGAAGAAGAAGAAGCAGAUGAAGAAGAAGGAGAAGGAGAAGGAUCAUUUAUUUCUUAUUUAAAAUCAUUGUUGGGAAUUGAUGAAGAACAUGAUGGUUUUGAACAAAAUCAGUCAGAAAGUGAUUUUGGGGAUUCUGCUAGUGAAGUAUUUUCAACUACAUCUUCUUAUAUGGAAGAUCCUAUUCAUGUGGCUUCAUUAUCAGAAAUUGGUUGCAAUGAAUUUGGGAGCAAUAUGUUGCCAAAUAAAGCUUUUUCUGUCUAUUAUGCUGCACUUCAUAAUGAUGAGAAUGAUAUAAUCAAAGGGAAUUAUGAUUGGAUUAGUUCUCACAUUGACUCAGAUGGAAACUACUCUUCUAAUUUUGUCUCAUCAAUCGACUCGUUUGGGUCAUUGGAAGACUACGAAUCUACUGACUUCAACAAGGAAGCAAACGAUUUGUCUCAUCAAGUGGAGCUUGAAGAUAACUGUGUCAUCGUGGAUUAUCAUGAUGAUGUCUCUAGUGAACCCCCAAACCAACCUUCAUUUAAGAGAACAAUAUCGAAUGCUUUCUUUUCCAUAAAGAGGUUGGCAAUGGAGUACAAACAGCUAGCUAUUUUGAAAGGAUAUGAUGCAACAAAGAGCUGCCAAGGAACAAGUUUGGCUGCUCCACAUACAAUGCUUUUGAGGGAUUCUGAUCAAACAAUUCAAUCAAGUGACUCUGAAUGGGAGCUUCUUUGAAUCAAAACAAAACCAGUUUUCUUAAGAACUUUUUCCAUCAGAUUGGUUUUAGACUUAUUUUUGCAUUUGAAUUGAUGCUUUAGGAUGUUUUUGUUUUAGGAUAUUUUUGUUUGAAGUUCUUAUUUUUCAUUGCCCAACUGCUACGUGAGAGUCAGGGUAAUUGGAUAGGCUUUAUUUCUCAGAAUUGUUUGGAUUGGUUUAUUGCCCUUUUAUUUGA